GUGCGGCGGUAUGAAUAUGUGCGGCAGAUCAUCUUUUAUUGUGCUCUAAAUGUAAAUAAAAAAAAACGAUCCUUAUUCGGCGUACAUCAUUCACCGGAGAAUGAAAGCGGAACCGGAACGUUCACAUUUGAAUAUGAAGCGUGCAUUUGCGUUUGUGUUAAAAUAAACUACUGAAGCCGCUGGUUUAUUAUCGAACCAUGUAGCGAGGACGCGUUUGUGACGUCGCCGCUGCAUAUCGCGUUACGUCACAUGCUGGUAAAUCCGUCGCGUUUCGCGGAUUGUGAUCUGUUUGCCAAUAAAGCGGGACGCGGUCGGCGUGUGUGCGUGCAGUGUUUGUGUAAUGACACUAAUAAGCAACAUCUAUACGCUCGUAUCGCGCAGCAGCUGAUGUUUGAUGGACACUGAGCGCGAUUUCACCGCCGUAAAUGAUGAAAAACCGCGAAUAUCAGCAAAUAGAUCCUCAGGCACUCGCGACACCGACCCCGACCCCUCCUCCGCGACCUCUGCCCGACUACAAGCCCAAACGAGCCCGGAGAAAAUGGGAGGUGUUUCCCGGCAAGAACCGCUUUUACUGUGACGGUCGCAUCAUCGUGGCGCGUCAGAGCGGCGUGCUGCCGCUCACACUGGGACUCAUCCUGCUCACCAGCGGACUCUUCUUCGCAUUUGACUGCCCGUUCCUGGUGCAGAACCUCACCAGCUUCAUCCCGGCCAUCGGAGGGGUCCUUUUUGUGUUUGUGAUCAUCUCUCUCUUCCAGACCAGCUUCACAGAUCCAGGGAUUCUGCCCCGGGCAACACCAGAGGAGGCCGCAGACAUUGAGAAACAGAUCGACAACCCAACAGGCUCAUCUUCAUCCUACCGCCCCCCUCCACGCACCAAGGAGGUCAUCAUCAAUCAGCAGGUGGUUAAACUCAAGUACUGCUUCACCUGCAAGAUCUUCCGCCCGCCGCGCACCUCCCACUGCAGCCUGUGUGACAACUGUGUGGAGCGCUUUGAUCAUCACUGCCCUUGGGUCGGGAACUGUGUGGGAAAACGAAACUAUCGCUUCUUCUACACCUUCAUCGUCUCACUCUCUUUCCUCACGGCCUUCAUCUUCGGUUGUGUUACCACACACCUGGCUCUAAGGUCACAAGGAGGAAAUGGGUUGGUUUUUGCUCUCCAAGCGAGUCCUGCCAGUGCUCUUGAGUUAGUGGUUUGCUUCUUUUCUGUAUGGUCAAUUUUGGGCCUCUCAGGCUUUCAUACGUACCUGGUGGCUGCAAAUCUUACUACUAAUGAGGAUAUUAAAGGUUCCUGGUCAGGGAAAAGUGGAAAUGAAGACGCUGGAAAUCCUUACAGCUACAACAGUAUAAUCAAAAACUGCUGUUCUGUGCUCUGUGGACCCAUGCCGCCCAGUUUAAUUGACAGGCGAGGUUUUGUGCCCUCCGAUGACUCCGUCCAGACCAGUCCAGUGGAAAUCGAACUUCCAGCUGCUAAAAACGACAUAAACAUGUGCACGCAUGGUACCAAAGGUCUGCUGGAAACAGCCUCUCGAUCUCCUCUCCUCACAAGCUCCUGUCCACAGGCCAAACCUCAAGCAGCGCCGGCUGUCUUGGAGCCUCUUCCAGAGAUCACCCCGUCACCUGCCCUGGAGCCACCCAAGAUCGCUGGAGGACGCCAAUCGACCAACACACCUCACAAACAUCACUCCCACCACAGAUCCAAGGGAAAACAAGCCAGUCAUCACACCCAAAACCCAACCCACAAGACAGCCAACUCCUCUCCAAGACCCCAUCACAGCCACAGUUCAAGACGGAAAGACUCCAAGAACAGAGACACAAAAUUCAGUUCUCUGCGCUGAGCAAUGAGACUCCAUGAACCUUCAACGUCUUGUAAUUUGGAUUAUUUGAGUUUGUCUUCAUAAGAUUGAUCAGUUUGUAGGGUGGCUUCAGUUGGGACUCCAAACAAAUAGGUCUAAUAUGUCCAAAAAGACCUCCAGUUUUAGUAAACUGAUGGUGGUGUUACAGUCUUACUGUUCUAAAGAGGAAUACCAUCAAUACUGCAAUCUGGAGAGCAGGUAUGAAGUAUGGGCUUCCGUUAACAGAUUGAUGACUGGAAAACUUUGUAAUUCACAUACGGUGUGUUUCCAUAUAGACAAGCACAAAGGUCUCAAAAGUGAACUGCAGGGCAAAUGCCUUCAAGACAAUUGUCAGUCUUAACAGUGAGUUCCAAAAUGAGCUUCAUCAUAACAGCCAUAUUGGAACAAGAACACUGUUGUCCUCGAUAUGGACAUGAACUCUGGGAUCCAUUUCUCUGGCCUCUUUUAGGCCUCAUCGGGGAUACAUUGGUCAAGCUUCAAUAAGCAAGAACCAAUCUAAUUUAUGCAAAAAUAAAAAAUAAAAAAAUACAAGAGCAUGCCUGGAGAAUAUAGCUCACAAUCAUUCUUCAUCCAUCAUGUUGAGUCUUGUUGAAUUAUUUCUUCUCCCAAAGGACUUCAGCAUGAUUUUGUAACAUAUUGUGUUUGAAACAUGGUAUUAAGUGUGCACAAGUACCUGCUAAUGUGGAUGAGAUGAUGCCUCUGAGUCUCCUGAUCACCGUGUUGAAGAUCUAGUAUCGUUCUCUCUAAACCUCGUCACAACUGCUGUUCUUCACAUUGCAUUCCUGACCCACUGCUGUCUAUCAGUAAAUUAGUAAUCAGACAGUCUUAAUGCACUAAGUCUCAAUGCAGCAAUACUGUAAUGUUUUAGUUACUCAUUGUUUGACACGUGCUACAGUAUGUGUGGACACUUUGUGUUUGAAUGGGAAUGGGAAUAUGGGUGUUAUUGUUAUCCAGGUUUUGACUUAAUAUGCAAACUGAAUGUUAUUUAUGAAUGCUGAAAUUGAUCCUCUGUUUCUCAAGACCUCUGCAACAUUUGCACAAAUAAAUACGAAGAACCAACAGGCCA